GUGCUGAGGGGAGAAGAUGGAGAUGGGGCAAAGAGGGGACCAGAGAGACACGGUGGGGGGUGGGACAGGGAGGAGAUCGAGGUGACCAGGCCAUGGUGGAGGGGACUGCAGAGGGGACAUGGAGAUGUAGGGAGAGGGACAAGAUGGGACCCAGACAUGAAGUUGGGGACAUAGAGAGGCCAUGGACAUGGUGGCAGGGUCACAGGGAUGGGGAUGAUAGCCAGGAGGAGAUGGUCAAGGAGACAGCAGACUGUAGAAGUGACACAGAGAUGGUCAAUGUCACCUGGAGAUGAUGGUGGGGACAUGGGGACAGUGGUGGGAAGAGGGAUCAGAUGGUUGAGGUGACCAGGAGAUGGUGGGGGACAUAGGGAGGGAAGAGACAAGGUCAAGGACAUCUGGAGAUUGUGGAGGUGACCAGGACAUGGUGGUGGCACAUGUGGAGGAGACAGGGAGGAGGUGGAGGAGACAGGAAGAAGGAACUGGGGACACGGAGAUGAGCAGUAACAUUUGGAAGGGAUGGUUGGGACAUGGGGAGGACAUGAGGGGGGAUAUGGAGAUGUUCAAGGUGAACAGGACAUGGUGGUGGGACAUGAGGAGGGGACAGGGAGGUGGUGGUGGGGACGUGGAGAUGGUCAAGACCACCUGGAGAUGGUCAAAGGUGCACAGGAAGGGAGAGAAAGGGGACAGGGAGGAGCUGGACCAUGGACCAUGAAGAUGACCACAGAAGAGACCCAUGAGCAGAGGACAGGAUUCAGGUGGUUCCUGGCAAUGAACUUGGGGGUCUUUCCCAGGAGGACGAUGGGGACUGAGAUCUUGAGCACCAUCAGCCAAUGCGUCAGCGAGAGCGGCGUCAGCUUGAGCAUCAUCAGGGGGCACUGGGGCACAAAGGGUGGAACCCCUGGGGCCCAUCAACCCCCCCUCGCCACCAAACCAACUUCCAUGGCCACCAAAUCAAAUAGCCACCACCCCAAUGUCUAUGGCCACAGACUCCCCACUCAUGGCCACCAGACCCAUGUUCAGCAUUCUCAUGGCCACCAACUCCCCUCUCCCACAGGCCACCAGACCUCAUGGCCACCAGCCUUAUGGCCACCAACUCCACUGCUACCAACCAACCUCUCCAUGGCCACCACCCCAAUCCCUAUAGCCACCAAAUCCCCAUGGCCACAAGACUCAUAUCUUGACGCCCACCACACCCAUGAUGACCACCCUGAAGGCCAUCAGCCAUCUCUCCAUGGCCACCAUCUUGGUGGCCACCAACCCCAUGGCUGCCAGCCCCAUGGCCACCAUCCUGGUGGCCACCAUGCCCCAUGUCCCUCCUGUGUCCCCCUGCUGCCCUCCUACAGGCAGGGUGUCGAUGGGGAGGAUGACAAAGAGCAGAACAUGGAGAGGCAGAUGCAGCCCAUCAGCCAGAUGUUCAUCCAGGGUGGCAUCCAGGCCAGCGAUUGGUUCUCUGUCAGACUCUGGGGAACGUGGGGACAUUGGGGGAUCACCAUGAGGAAAGAUAUUGGGAGGUCAUCAUGGCGGGGGGACAUGGUGGGAACAGAGCAUGGAGGCCAUCAGCCAGAAGUUUACCCAGGGCAGCAACAGGUUGGGAGGAACAUUUGGGGCAUGAAGGGGUCACUCUGGCGGGGACAGGGGGAUGAGGGGCACCACGAGGACACAGGGAGACACAGGGUAUGGACACAGGGGACUUGGUGGCUAGAGACUGGGCCAGGAUUGGUUCUCCAAGAGGCUGAGGGGUACAUCAGGGACAUCUGGAGGUCACCAUGGGGGUAAGACACACAGCAGGACAUGGACAGGGGAUGGAGGAUGGGGGAGGGGGGUUGCAUCACCAUGGGGAAGGACAGAGGGUGACAUAUUUGAGGACACAUUGAGGGGGCAUGGCUGUAUCAUGAAAGGAAUGGUGAUGAUGGUGAUGAUGAUGAUGGAGUUGGGUGAUGAAGAUGGUGGUGGUGAUGAUGAAGACCAAGGUGUGGAUGGUAGUAAUGAUGAUGAUGGAGACAGUGCUGGUGAUGAUGAUAAUGAUGAUAAUGAUGAUGGUGUUGUCAGUGUCAUGGUGAUGGUGUUGAUUGCUGACUGGUGAUGAUGGUGUUAGUGAUGAAGAUGAUGAUAUGUGUGAUGGGGUGGUAACAGUGCUGAUGGUGGUGGGUAGUGAUGAUGGUGUUUGUUGGUGUUGAUUGGGGUUGCUGGUGAAGAUGAUGUGGGUGAUGAAGAUGACAAAGAUGAUGGUGAUGAUUGCAUUGAUGAUGAAGGUAAAGGUGUGGGUGAUGAAAAUAAAGGUGUUGAUGAUGAAGAUGAUGGUGAGGGUGAUGAAAAUGAUAGAGGCCAUGAUGGUGUUACUGGUGUCAUGGUGACAGUGUCAACGGUGUUGGAUGAGAAUAUUAGUGUUGGAUUUCACCAUAGUGCGGGUGAUGGCCUGAGUGAUGAAGAUGAGAUAUGUGGUGAUGAUGAUGAUGAUGAUGGUACUAUGAGUAGUGUCAUGGUCAUGGUGUCAGUGGUGUGGAUGAUAAAGAUGAAGGUGAUGAUGAAGAAGAUGACAGUGAUGAUGGUGCUGCUGGUUUUGUGGUGACAGUGAUAGAGGUGGAUGGCACUGCGUGAUGAUGAUGGAGGUGUGGGUGAUGAAGAUUAUGAGGUUAUGGGGGAUUAAGUUGAUGGUGGGGAUGGUUGUGGUGAUGAAGAUGAUUGUGUUGAUGAAGGCCACCCCUGCUACUUUUUGAGGGCAUUUCACAUCUCGAUGGGGACCAGCACUGACAGCACCUUGGAACUGGAGCCUCAAAGAUGUUGCAGUCCAGACCCUCAAAGACCACGUUGUGCUCUGGGACCUGCAGGAAGUGGGGCUGGAGGGGGUCACCAGGGAAUCACCAGGCAGGAACACUUAGGGGACACCUUGGGGACAUCCAGGGAGGACCCUAGAGGGCUGGGGAUACUCCACUGGUGUUGGGAUUAAGGAGCAGCAGUCGCCCGUGCCAAGCACUGUCACCACAGGAGGACUUUGCCAUGAGACAAGCGCAGAAUGGAGCACCCCAAGAUAAGGUCAAAGUGGGACAAUUGUCCUGGGGUCAUCUCCGACCCUGGCGGAGGUAAACGAAGCCAGGAGAGCAGAAUGGAUCCCUAGUGGUGGACAAGGAAAUCCAAUGCAGUACCAGUGCUGGAAUCCACUCAGACUGGGUCAAAGGGAAUUCCAGAGGGGCAGAUGGUGACCACCGACUCACGGCCACCCAACCCAGAAACUUCCAGCUGAAGAGAAGAGACAGCCUGAGCUGGGAGUAAUUAGCACCCAAGGCCAGGGAAUUGUUGAACCUGUGGCACUGGAGAGCUGUGUAGCCCAUGAGCACCAAUUCCUUAGUUUGCUAAGAGUUGGAUAAAUGGACAAACAGAGAAAAGUUCAAGAAAAGUUCAGAAUGAACUCAGGACCCCCCCACCACGGAGAAGCUCUGGGGGAGCAAGGAUCAACAGGAUGCUGCUGGAUCCAUGGCUGGUGCCGACCUUCUGACUGAUCUCCCUCCCUGCCUUCUCCCUUUCUCGCCCUCCCAUUUUAUUGUUCAGUAAAUUCCAUGCUCUUGACUUGGGCGCAUGGUCCCAUUUGCCCCUGAAUUUGGGCAGAGGCACCUCAAGAAUGGGAUCUGAACAGCUGGAGAUCCUUUCAUUGACCUUAACCCCCUCAUUCCCAACACCCAUGAGCCCAGGAGUGCUGAUCCUUGGGCAGGGAAGCACUGUCACUCCCAGACAGACCAGAGGAUCCAGGACUCCAGGCUUCUGUCCAUGAUCCACUCCUGCCCUGACCCCAACCUCUGCUCCCUGGGGAUGCACUGGGGAUGCCCCAGAGCCCUGGGCAGAACCUGUCCCCAAACCCUGGGGACCCCAGAGGUGGCUCUGGGUGCCCCUUGUCCCUCCCAGCUGUGGGGGGACAUUCCAGGGUGUCCCAACCUGCCCUGCCCAGGACACCAGGUUGGUGGGAAGGAAAAGGGACGCCUGGGAUCCCCCAGAGUCACUCUGUUCAUGGUGGGGGAGAAACUGGAGACUCCCAGGGCUGAGAGGGGGGGCACAGAACACACAAGGACACGGGAACACACACAUGGACAUGGGAACACACACAGGGACAUGGAACAUGCACAGGGACAUGGGAGCACACACAGGGACAUGGGAGCACACACAGGGACAUGGAACAUGCACAGGGACAUGGGAACACACACAUGGACAUGGGAACACACACAGGGACAUGGAACACACACAGGGACAUAGAACACACACAGAGACGUGGGAACACACACAUGGACAUGGGAACACACACAGGGACAUGGGAGCACACACAUCGAUAUGAGAAAACACACAUGAAUACACAGAGUUGCUUUGC